AUGUCGGACGAGAAUAAAAUAACGGGAAAUGAUACAGUCCCGGGAAAUCAGGAGAAGUAUUGUAAGAAAUGCGAUCGUCCAGAUUUGCAGGAAGGCAUGGUGUGUUGUGAUGCUUGUGAGUCGUGGGUUCACUUUAACUGCGCAGGUGUUGGCGAAUCCAUUGCGGAGCCGGAUAAGAGUUGGAAGUGCAGCGAUUGUCUGGCAGACUGUGAGGGUGCAGCGAAGUCUGAUGUAUCGUUUAAUGAGUCGUCUGUCAGCAAAAGCAGUCGAGUAUCGCAGAGAUUGCAGCUCAGCCUACAACUGCUUGAGGAUCAACGGAAACUGAAGCAGAAGCGCGCGGAUGAAGAAGAAAGGAUCCGUAAACUGGAAGAAGAAGCCAAGUUAAAGCAGCUGGACGAAGAGCAGGAAUACUUGAAGCAGAGGUAUGCAUUAUUGAUGCGUAUAGAAGAUGAAAAGGAUUCGUCAAGCAGAAGAAGCGGAGUAAGUGUGAAGAAUAGGUGUGAGCGGAUGGAGAAAUGGCUUAGUAAGGAAGCCAAAGUAGGCGGAGCUGAGCAGCUAAAAUCGUCAACGCCCGGAGAGAAGGUUACUCUGCCGGUUCCAAACAUCAGCCAAACAAAUCCCAGAGUCACACAAUCGAUGACUGUUUCGUCGAAGGUAGGAUCUUCUAGCAGCCCUACUCCAUUGAAUCAGGGUAUGCUGUACCCGGAUCCGACUAUUCCUGUUCCUGGUGGCAGCGUCACAGCUCUAGCAAAAUCCUACGAAUCCUUGGUAGUGCCAACGGUAUCUGGAAUAAAAUCCUAUCUUCCUUUGAGUUCAACGGAUCCAGUAACAGUUGCGAUAACAGCGAGUGGAGAAUUAUUUACGUCUGGAAAAAUUACGCCAACAGUUACAGCUUCGAUAGUGCCAGUCGUACCACAGAUUCCAAAUGCUUCUUUGGCGGGAAUCCUAAAUCCUCCUAUCAGUCUGGGAACUGCACCGGUUUACGCGUACCCUGCAAUGAAUACUAUGGUUUCUAGUGCAACUGGGCUGGUUCCGUCAAUUCAGUGUGGUUAUAGUGGUGUAUAUGGAAAUCCGCAGCAGUACUUGGAUCGAAGCACUGCUAGUUCAAUGCCGUAUCUGUCGUUUCCCUCGGUCUCUAAUGGGGCUCCACCCGGGUAUCCACCAUUGAUCUCUGCUACUGUUAGUUCGUUUCCAGGAAUUCCAAGCAAUCCGAAUGUUUUCCCCCCAAUUUCUGCUUCGUAUCCAGUAACAAGGCCGGUGAUGAUGCCUUCAGUGUUGCCAACGAUGCCGGGAACAGACGUGAAUAGGUUCAAUUCUUCCAUCGUUUCGGUAGGACCAACUAGUGCCCAAUUGGCAGCCCGGCAAGUAAUGCCGCGGGAGUUGCCGAAGUUCAGCGGGGAUCCCGAGGAGUGGCCUAUGUUCUAUAGUUCGUUCAAGAACACGACGGAGGUUUGUGGAUAUACGGAUGCCGAGAAUCUAGCUAGGCUGCAGCGUUGCUUGGGAGGUUCAGCAUUGGAGGCAGUUAAGAGUCGUCUGCUCCUACCGGCAUCUGUUCCAUAUGUUAUGGAAACGCUGCGUAAGCUCUAUGGUAGGCCAGAAACAUUGAUUAGUUCUCUUCUAAAGAAGGUCAGGAACGUUCCGUCACCAAAGUCGGACAACUUGAACACUAUUGUCACGUACGGUCUAGUAAUUCAAAAUCUCGUGGAUCACAUUAUUUUGACCGACCAACAAGCGCAUUUAUGCAAUCCGAUGCUGCUCCAGGAGUUGAUCGACAAGCUACCCACUUCGCUUAAACUGCAAUGGGGGACCUACAAGCAAUCGUUCGGGAACGUCAACCUGGAGACAUUCAACAAUUUCAUGUCAGGGCUGGUGAAUCUGGCAUCCGAUCUGAGCAUCGGGGUCGACUCGGCACAAAACUACCACAAGCAACCUAGAGGGGAUAGGACGAAGCCGAAGGAGAAGUUAUUCACUCAUGCCAAUGAGUCACCAGUGGUGCCAAAGAAGGUGGAUGAAGGCAAAGAAGGCAUUUCGAAAGCGUGUUCCUAUUGCGAUAAAGACGGUCACCAGAUCGCCAACUGUUACAGUUACCGGUCAUUAGACGUCGAAGGCCGCUGGAAGGCAAUGAGGCAGAAGAAUCUGUGCAGACUGUGCUUGAUACCGCAUCGUAAAUGGCCAUGCCGGUCAAAAAAGGAAUGCGGAGUGGACGGUUGCCGUAUUCGACACCAUAUGCUGCUUCACAGUAAUCGCAACGGUGCUGCCGACGGUACCAAAUCUACCGAAACUGUUCACCAGUAUCAUCAUCACAUGAAAUCCUUUUCCCUGUUCCGUUAUCUGCCAGUCACGCUCUAUGGAAACGGAAAACAAGUCGAAACAUUUGUAUUUUUGGAUGAUGGAUCGUCUUCAACGUUGCUAGAAGAAGGAAUCGCAUCACUGUUGGGUAUCGAAGGUGAACCAGACAACCUGUUGUUGAGCUGGACAGGAAAGAUCAGUCGGCAUGAGAAGACAUCCAGGCGGUUAAGUGUGAACGUAUCCGGGGCUGGUAAGAAGGAAAUGUUCCAGUUAGGUAAUGUGCGAACGGUUCGGGAGCUGGGACUCCCAAGUCAAACGUUGGAUUACGUGGAGCUUUGUAGUACGUUCCCGCAUCUGCGAGGACUUCCAGUGGCCAGUUAUAUCGAUGCCAGGCCAGGCAUGAUUAUAGGUCUAGAGCACGUUCAGCUUCUCACAAGCUUGAAGACUCGUGAAGGUACCGGCAGUGAACCAGUCGCAACAAAAACUCGAUUAGGAUGGUGCGUGUAUGGAAGGAACUCGGGAAACGAAGGGUCCUUCGAACAACUGCACGUCCACGCUUGCAGUGAGAUGAGCAAUUGCGACCUUCAUGACUCUAUGCGAAAGUUUUUCGCAGUGGAGGAGGCUGUAGUGACGAAGCAACUAGAAGCCGAAGAGGACAAGCGGGCACGCAGUAUUCUAGAAGCAACAACGGUGAGACGAGGAGCUCGUAUGGAGACGGGUUUACUCUGGCGGCAUGACGAUGUAAAAUUUCCGGAUAGUUUUCCAAUGGCAAUGAGUAGGUUGAAGGGCUUGGAGAAACGAUUGGCCAAGGAUCCUGAGCUGCGUAGAAGAGUCAACGAACAAAUCAAUAGUUACGAACAGAAGCAGUACGUCCGCAAAGUGCCACCAGAAGUACUAAGAAACAUCAGUCGACAGCGAAUGUGGUAUCUUCCGUUAGGUGUCGUAACGAAUCCCAAGAAACCGAACAAGAUCAGAAUGGUGUGGGAUGCUGCUGCGAAGGCUGGCGGAGUGUCGUUUAAUGACAUGCUACUGAAGGGUCCGGAUCUCCUCGUAUCUUUGGUGGAAGUCUUGUUACGAUUCCGGGAAGGAAAGAUUGCGGUGUGCUCUGACAUUCGCGAAAUGUUCCUGAGGAUCCUCAUUCGAGAGGAAGAUAAAUGGUCACAGUGCUUUCUAUGGGGAGACAGUCCAGACGCUGAAAUCCAGGUUUACGUGAUCAACGUUGCGAUGUUUGGUGCAACCAGUUCACCGUGUACGGCGCAGUUUGUUAAGAACAGAAAUGCCUCCGACUACCUGGAAUUAUAUCCUCGAGCAGUAGAGGCGAUCAUCAAAAACCACUACGUGGAUGAUUUUCUAGAUAGUGUCAAUUCGGUGGAAGAAGCUGUGCAGCUUGUCAAACAAGUGCAGUUGGUCCAUGCAGCCGCAGGCUUCGAGUUUGGAAAAAUUUCAUCCAAUUCGCAGGAGGUGCUUGAUCUUCUAGGGGAGACUGGAUCGCCAACCAACAAGUUGCUCAACCUAGAAAAGGAUAGAGUCUAUGAGCGUAUCUUAGGAGUUGUGUGGGUUCCUGCAGUGGAUCACUUCACCUUCGAACAGACAGGGUUGGAUGGAAUCAUGGGUGAAAAUAGAGCAGUUCCAACAAAGAGACAAGUUCUACGUACCGUGAUGAAAUUGUACGAUCCAUUAGGCUUCGUGGCACACUUUGUGGUGCAGGGCAAAAUACUUAUGCAGGAGAUCUGGCGAACGGGUACCAACUGGGACGAGCCCAUUGCACAACAACUACAUGAUCUAUGGAGUAGAUGGAUUGCACUGUAUGCGGCUAUCAACGAAGUGAAAAUUCCUCGUUGCUUCUUCGGAAAUCUUCGACCACAGGAGGUUGACGAAAUUGAAAUCCACGUCUUCACGGAUGCAAGCGUAGUGGCAUGUGCGUGCGUAGCUUAUCUUAGAAUAUCGUCCACCAGGGGGAACUUGUGUUCGUUGGUAGCAGCAAAAACAAAGGUGUCACCACUUCGAACGCUCUCAAUACCUCGUUUGGAGCUUCAAGCUGCCAUGAUGGGAUCACGUUUGUUGCAAAAUGUUUGUUCAGCACUCACCCUUGAUAUUCGGAAGCGCUUUCUGUGGACGGACUCGGCAACAGUUCUGGCAUGGCUUCGCUCGGAUAGUCGCCGAUAUCACCAGUUUGUUUCAUUUCGGGUAGGGGAGAUUCUUUCGCUCACCAGCGUGGAUGAAUGGUACUAUGUACCAUCGAAGUACAACGUGGCAGACGAUGCCACUAAGUGGAAUUCGGGACCAUUGUUUGAUCCAGGAAGCCGUUUGUUCGAAGGUCCACAAUUUUUACGAGAACCGAAAGAAAUGUGGCCUAGGCAGUCAGUAGUUGUGAAUGGAGCGGAUGCAGCAAGCGAAGAACUUCGAGUGGUAGCGGUACACCAAACAACUGAAGAAAUCAUCAACGUCGAACGCUUUUCAAAGUGGAAUCGCUUAGUCCGAACUUUGGCUUAUGUUUACCUGGCCGUGAGAAUCUGGAGAAGAACCCUCGGCGAAAGAGACGCACGGCACGUUCUGAAUCAGGAUGAUUUUGUGAAGGCAAAAGACACGCUUUGGCGCCAGGCACAGGCACAGGGAUAUUCGGAGGAGUUUCAUAGGCUGAAAAGCGAACGCGGCAUUGAAAAGGGAAGUCCGUUGCAGUCGUUGGCUCCAUUUUUGGAUGAACGCGGAGUCAUUCGGGUAGGAGGUCGAAUCGGGAACGCCCCGACCAUCCCCUUCGCAGUGAAAUAUCCCAUAGUACUACCUAGAGAGGCUGUCAGCCGAAGUUGUCAGCACUGCAAGGUGAAAAAAGCGACUCCCGUUCCUCCGCUGAUGGGCCCGCUACCGAAGGUACGUCUAACACCAUUCAUCCGACCGUUUACUUACGUUGGUGUUGAUUACAUGGGUCCGUUCGAAGUCAAAGUCGGCCGCAGUGUUGUGAAAAGGUGGAUUUGCUUAUUCACCUGCCUCACAAUACGGGCUAUUCAUCUGGAGUUGGCCCACAGUCUCUCAUCAAACGCGUGCGUGAUGGCUUUCCGGAGAUUUGUUGCCAGACGUGGUGCUCCACUAGAAGUGUUCUCCGACAAUGGCACGAAUUUUGUGGGAGCCAAUCGUCAGUUGUCAGAGGAGAAGCAGAAAAUACAAAACAUCGUUGAGGACUGUGCCGCCACAUUCACCAACGCGAAUACCCAGUGGCACUUCAACGUUCCAGCAGCUCCACACAUGGGAGGACCGUGGGAGCGUAUGGUCAAGUCCGUGAAAGUGGCGAUGAAAGCAAUAUCGGGAAGUCCACGACAUCCAAGUGAUGAGGUGUUGGAAACGAUAAUGUUGGAGGCUGAAGCGAUUAUUAACUCGCGCCCGUUGACCUACGUUCCCCUGGAUAUGGAAGACGAUGAGGCACUCACGCCAAAUCACUUUUUGCUGUGUGGAUCAACCGGCAUCAAGCAACCAGUCGCCAAUCCUGUGAGUGGAAACAUCCUUCGUGACAGCUGGAAGCUGGCGCAGCAUAUUGUGGAUGACUUUUGGCGUAGAUGGGUACGGGAGUAUCUCCCAAUGUUGACACGACGCACGAAGUGGUUCGAAGCCGUGAAGCCGAUGAAACCUGGCGAUCUGGUCGUGAUAGUCGACGAAAACACGAGGAAUAGCUGGGAGCGAGGACGCGUACUGGAAACCUUUCCAGACAAAUCUGGGCAGGUGAGACGGGCUACCGUUCAGACAGCUAGAGGAGUCUUCGCCAGACCUGCGGUUAAAUUAGCGGUUCUAGAUGUAGAAGGUAACUACAAGAAGUCGGACGUAUAUGAUUCGGGAACGGAAAUGGUUCACGGGGCGGGGGAUGUCGCCGAUACCCCUCGUUGCGGCGAAAAGGUGGUGAACCGAUUAGCCGAACCCUCACGAGCGAAACGACAUUGUCGGGCGAAGUGA